AAUUUGGCAAAAAAAUGGAAAUUUCUCGAGAGCGUUUUCGUUGGAUUAUUUUUCACAACUUUCGACGUGGAUUAUCCCAACAAGAAUGUGUUGAUGAACUUAGUUCUUUAUAUGGCGAGAAAGCACCAUCAAAAACGACAGUUUAUCGCUGGUUUGCAAAGUUUAAUAGUGGUCGUAGUUCAGUCGCUGACGAAUUCCGUGAAGGUCGCCCAAAUGUUGUGUCACAAAACAUCGAUGGUGUGCGUGAACUGAUAGUGCAAGAUCGACAUGUGACAUAUCGUGAGAUAGAGGCAUCCUUGCACAUUAGUUCCACUUCAAUACAUUCCAUUUUACAUGAACACUUAGUUGUAAAAAAGGUUUGCUCUCGUUGGAUACCCCAUAACUUAUCACUCGCUCAAAAAAAGGAUCGUGUCAAUUGGAGUAAGGAAAUGCUUAAAAAGUUCGACCGAGGUGCUUCAAAAGAUGUUUAUAAAAUCGUAACAGGUGAUGAAUCAUGGAUAUAUGCGUAUGAGCCGGAAACUAAACAGCAAUCGACCGUGUGGGUGUUUCAAGAUGAGCAAAAUCCAACAAAAGUUGUUCGAGCACGAAGCACUUCGAAGCAAAUGGUCGCCUGUUUCUUCGGGAGAAUGGGUCAUGUGGCCACUGUUCCGCUAGAGAAACGUAGGACUGUCAAUUCUGAGUGGUACACGACCAUUUGUUUGCCGGAGGUCUUCGGAGACAUUCGCAAAACCAACUGCCGAGCACGAAUCAUUCUCCAUCAUGACAAUGCGAGCUCGCACACAUCUCGACAAACAGUCCUGACUUGGCACCCAAUGACUUCUUUUUAUUCCCUAACAUCAAAAAAAAAACUGCGUUGUCAACGUUUUACGAGCGCCGAAGAAGCAGUUGAAGAGUUUAAAAACCAUGUUUUGGAGGUGUCUCAAGAGGAGUGGAAAAACUGCUAUGACCAAUGGUUCAAGCGAAUGCAAAAGUGUAUUGAUCAUCAGGGGGAAUAUUUUGAAAAACAAUAAAACCAUUUUCAUUUAAAAAUUGU